AUGUCUCGAUUUUUCCGAGGUGGAGAGGACAGCUCCAGCGACAGCUCCUCUGAUGAGGAAGAGCUCUACUCCGAGGAGGAGCAGGAGCAAGAUGUUGGCAAGCAUGAUUCCGACGACUCGGACGACAUGGACGACUCUGAUAUGAGUGACGAGGAGACCUCCAGCGAUGACGAAGCCGGGGGCGCCAAUCGUUUUCUGAGGGAUGCCGCCUCAGACAGCGACAGCGAAGAGGAGGAAGUCCGAGCCAAGGUCAAGAGCGCCAAGGAUAAACAGCGCGAUGAGCUGGACGCCUCCAUCAAGCAGAUCGAGAACGGCCAAAAGAACGGUGACUGGACAUUAAUCUCUGCCGAAUUCGACAAACUCAGCAGACAAGUUGCCCGCAUGCAAGAUGGCGGCAAGACCCCUAAGCCUUAUAUCCGAAUCGUUGCCGAGUUGGAGGAUUUCAUAAACGAGGCUUUAGCCAAGGCAAAAGUUACCCCCAAGAAGAUGAACGCUAUCCAGGCCCGUAACCUGAACGCCGUCAAGCAAAAAAUCAAAAAGACCAGCAAGGAGUACCAGGCCGAGGUGAAUGCCUAUAGAGAAGACAAAGACGGUUUCAUGGAAUCUGAAGACGAAGAGCCUGAACCAGUCAAGCCCAAGAAGAUCGCCAAAAUUCAGGAAGAGCUCGGGCGAACUGAAGACGUCGGCGAUGACGGCUUUGCUACCGUUGGCAAAGGUGGACGUGCUCUCCAGUAUACCCCCGAGAGCAUCUUCAAGCAUCUGCGAGGCAUCAUGGAAACGCGUGGCAAGAAGAACACCGAUCGCGUCGAGCAGAUCAAGGUGAUGGAGAAGCUUCAUGAGAUUGCCAACACGCCCUACCAGCGGAUCCGUGUUCUUCUCGCCAUCGUCUCUGCCAGAUUCGACUUGAGCGCUGGCACAUCCAAUGUGAUGCCUUUGGAACACUGGAAGGCGGCAGAAAAGGAGCUUUCCACUCUCCUAACCGUACUCGGGAGUAACAAGGACUACGUCGUCGUCGAGAAUGUUGAGGAAUGGGAUGAUGACGAGAAGCCUCCCUCUCUGCAGCCGGGAGAGAAAUAUAUCAAGGUCGCUGGCAGCGUCGUCUCAUAUGUCGAGAGGUUGGAUGACGAGCUCGUCCGGUCCCUGCAAAGCAUUGAUCCUCACACCUCUGAGUAUAUUGAACGUCUCCAAGAUGAGGGUGCCCUGUACAACAUCAUUGUCCGUGCCCAGUUGUACUAUGAGGACUUGCGCAAGGACCCUGCCCUCGAGACUCCCCAAGACAGCGUGAACAGAAUUGUCAUGCGGCGACUGGAGCAUGUCUACUUCAAGCCGGCCCAGGUCAUCAAGACAUUCGAGGAGAACUGCUGGAAGGCUGCAGGUGACGAGGUUGACUCUGUCAUCACCCCCCGUGUCCAGUCCAGCGACGCCAACAACUUGGUCAAUGUUCUUUGCAACUACCUGUUCAGCAACAGUGACGGCAUUAUUCGUGCUCGAGCCAUGCUAUGCCAGGUCUACUUCCUCGCCCUGCAUGGCGAGUACUACAACGCCCGUGACAUGAUGCUCAUGUCCCACCUGCAGGACACUAUUCCCAACUUUGACGUCCUGACCCAGAUUCUUUACAACCGAACCCUGGUCCAGGUUGGCCUGUGCGCCUUCCGCAAAGGUCUCAUUUACGAUGCGCAGAACACCCUUCAGGAGAUUUGCGGCAGCGGUCGUCAGAAGGAGCUGCUCGCCCAAGGUGUCAUGAUGCAGAGAUACAGCCAGGUGUCUCCCGAACAGGAGCGUCUUGAGAAGCAGCGCCAGCUACCAUUCCACAUGCACAUCAACCUCGAACUCCUUGAGUGUGUCUACCUGACCUGCAGCAUGCUUCUGGAGAUUCCCCUGCUGGCCCAGACUGGAUCCUCGCCCGACGUCAAGAAGCGGGUGAUUAGCAAGACGUACCGACGCAUGCUCGAGUACCACGAAAGACAAAUCUUCACGGGGCCGCCUGAGAAUACGAGAGACCACGUCAUGCAGGCCUCCAAGGCUCUCGCUGCCGGCGAGUGGAAGAGGUCGACCACCUUCAUCCACAGCAUCAAGAUCUGGGAGCUGAUGCCGAACGCCGAGGAAAUCAAGGCCAUGCUCUCGAAGCAGAUCCAGGAAGAAGGUCUCCGCACCUACCUAUUCACGUACGCCCCCUUCUACGACACACUAGCCCUCGACACCAUAAGCGCCAUGUUUGAGCUGGACAGUGCCAAGGUCACCGCCAUUGUCAGCAAGAUGAUCAGUCACGAAGAGCUGGCUGCCUCUCUUGACCAGGUCACCCACAACGUCAUCUUCCGCAAGGGCGUCGAGCUGAGCCGUCUGCAGUCGCUGGCGCUCACGCUGUCCGACAAGGCCAGCGCGCUCAUCGAGACCAACGAGCGGACUCUGGAACAGCGGACUCAAGGCACAUCCAACGCUUUCGAGCGGCAAGGAGGCCGAGGCCGUGGUGGCCAACGGGGCGGCCAACGCUCUGGCCGCGGGGGUGCCCGCACCGGUGUCAACACUCAGAGGCAAGCUGGAGGUACCCAAUUCACCGGUGGUGCUCUGGGAGCUGCGGUCAGGGGAUAA